AUGCGAAGAUUCAAGAGAAAACUCAAGCUGAUCAUUUUAAUCUGUGUAUCUUUUGUGAUUUACAUCAAUUUCUUCUUGGAUCCAGUGUAUUUGCAAUCGAUCCAUCGAUACGCCUUCGGACAUGAAAUUUUACGAGGAGAUGUUGUGAACAAGCAAGGGGAACGCUCGAGGAGCAGACUUUGCAAAGAGAAACUAUCAUUCCCUGGCGAAAUGUGUCCAAAACCUUAUACAGAGAUUUCCUCCUGUGAUCUAAAUAAGGAUAGAUUUUCCUGUCCUGACAUCCGACGUAAAGGAAACACUACGCUGCGACAGGCCCAACUUGUAGUCACAAGGAUGUUGCGAGUAUUCGAUCUCAUUUCGCGCAAGCACAACAUACCAUACUGGUUGCGAUCCGGAUCCCUCAUAGGAGCCAUAAGGCACAACGGGUUUAUUCCAUGGGAUGAUGAUAUUGAUAUUGAGAUACCACUCAUGUAUUACAUCGACUUCUUUGAAAAAUUCUCCAGAGAACUACCAGAUGAUAUGUUCUUCCAAACAUCCGAGACAGACUCAAAGUAUCAUCGGCCGAAGAGUAUUUUUAACAUUAAGUCGGUCAGUGAUACACGGGUGGGAGUUUACCGUGGCAAUUGGCGCCCCAAAGUCAGAGAUCGAUCCAGCUGCUACAAAUAUUGCCUUAAGAAAGGAUGCGAUUGGCACGACGGUUUGCAGCUCGAUAUCUUCGUAACCGAUUCAAUUCCUUGGGGUAUAUUUCCCUUAAGGGAAAUGACCUUUGAGGGAUUCAACGUUCUUGUUCCAAACAGAUGGAAAAGUGUGAUCGCUGACGAGUACCCACAGUUUAUGGACUUACCUAGAAAAGGAUUCAGACUCCCGAAAAAUAUAGAUAUUGAUCCCCUACACAGCUGCGAGGAGGUGUCAAAGAAGACGGAAGUGUAA